UCUACUCGGAAACGCGCUGCGCUAGUUUCCUGGUUCAGAUCUGAAAUCUACCACUGCACUAUUCCACUUCAAAAAUCCUUAAUUCUUCUUCUUCUUCUUCCUUUUGUAUAUUGAAAUCUAGGCUUUCGUUUCCAUUUCUCCAAUCUUUCCCACAAAUUCUCAGCGAUGUCAUCCUUACUCCAUCAAAGAACAAGUCACAAUCCGUUUACCAAUCGAUUCCCUUUUUCUCCUCCUUCCUCGACGAAUUCUCAGAAACGGAUUUCCAUUUUCAGCCCCAUUGCGCUUCUCGUUCUCUUGUCUGUCGUCGUGGUAUUUGGCGUCUUCUCGCCCUGGGUGGACAUGCCCCAGGGAAUCUUCUCAGCUUCCGAACCAGCGAUCUCCAAGUGGCGUCACUAUACAUUGGCACAAGCGCUGCCAUUUGUGGCCAAAAAUGGAACCGUCAUAGUUUGUAUCGUGAGCCAACCCUACUUGGCUUUUCUUAAUAACUGGUUGAUAAGCAUCACAAGGCAAAAGCGCCAAGAUAUGGUGCUUGUGAUUGCGGAGGAUUAUGCGACGCUCUAUAAGGUCAAUGAGCGUUGGCCUGGUCAUGCUAUACUUAUCCCACCUGUGCUUGAUGGUGAUGCUGCCCAUAAGUUUGGUUCUCAGGGUUUCUUCAACUUUACAGCUAGGAGGCCACGCCAUCUGCUUCAGAUUUUGGAGCUUGGAUACAAUGUCAUGUAUAAUGAUGUUGAUAUGGUUUGGUUGGCCGAUCCAUUUCCUUAUAUGGAAGGGAAUCAUGACGUGUACUUUACAGAUGAUAUGACUGCAAUCAAACCAUUAAACCACUCUCAUGAUUUACCACCACCAGGGAAAAAGGGGCGCCCUUACAUAUGUAGUUGUAUGAUUUUCCUGCGCACUACUGAUGGAGCUAAGCUAGUUCUAAAAAAGUGGAUUGAAGAACUUCAGCUUCAGCCAUGGUCUGAGACCAAGAAAUCUAAUGAUCAGCCUGCUUUUAACUGGGCUUUGAUGAAGGCUGCUAAAGAGGUGGACCUGUACUUGCUGCCCCAGGCUGCAUUCCCCACAGGCGGGCUAUAUUUCAAGAACAAGACCUGGGUUAGGGAGACUAAAGGAAGGCAUGUUAUAAUUCACAACAACUAUAUCAUAGGUUUUGAGAAGAAGACAAAACGAUUUCGUGAUUUUGGCCUCUGGUUGGUGGAUGAUCACGCCCUUGAGUCCCCACUUGGUAGACUAUGAUUCUUGGGAGAACUAAGCAUAUUUUUUGCUUUGAUCCCAAGCAUGUCGAUUCACAUGGUGCUUCUGUGCCUUCCAAAUAUCACCUGACAUGGCAGAUCUUGAAAGAAGAAAUUCUUGCCGUCUGUAGCUGAAAAACAGUCCAUUGGCUUCGUGAUGAUUUCUCAAGGACUGAUGAAGGUUACCCAAUUAUGGGCUGGCAAAUUAAUAUUGUGUUGAGAAAAUCUUAAGCAAACAAGGUCUACAAAAAAUUCACUGAUGAAGUCGAUCAAAAGUAGUUAUAUGAGCAUGGACGAGGUGGGUCUGAUGGAAAAGUGUUCAUUCCUUCUUAAUUUACCUGGACUAGAACAUUUUGGGACUAGUUUUGCCCAAGAAUGUCUCUUCAACGGGCAAGUGAACUGAACUUGGGCCAAAACUAUUGUGUAGCGAGUAUUGCAUCUGCUUGGACCGGGGUCAUUUUUUGAUUUCCCCAGCUUUGAUUCUCGCUUUGGUUUCUUGUUUAGAACAGAUAAAAAUUGGUUUAUAUUUGUAGAUCUUGGAUGGUU